AUGGCUGAUGAUCAUAAUGAAGACCCCCCAAAUGAAGUUCCAGCAGCUGUUCCCAAUGUAGAGCAUGCAGAAGAUGCGGAAAGAGAAUUGCAAAGGCAAGAAGAAAUUCUUUCAAAUCAACAAAUGCGAGAAUAUCUCAGAUCAGUUUUUCAAGAAACUAGAGUUGAAGCCAUUGCUCCACAAGAACAACCACAGCAAGUUGCUGCACCAGAAAAUGAAGAUUUUGCAGCACUUUUUCAGGAAAUGGAACCACAGCAAGAAAAUGAAGAUUUUGCAGCACUUCUUCAGGAAAUGGAACCACAGCAAGAAAAUGAAGAUUUUGCAGCACUUUUUCAGGAAAUGGAACCACAGCAAGAAAAUGAAUAUUUUGCAGCACUGUUUCAAGAAAUUGAACCACAGCAAGUUGCUGCACCAGAACAACUACUAGAACAAGGCUCUUCCUCUGGAAUUAACCCUUGUUAUCAACAAUCAGUCCAAGGCCUCCAAGAGUUUGGUCAGUUUCAAGAAACCGGAGUUGCUGCACCAAAACAACUAGAACAAGGCUCUUCCUCUGGAAUUAACCCUUCUUAUUAUCCGCAAUCAGUCCAAGGCGUCCAAGAGUUUGGUCAGUUUCAAGAAACUGAAGUUGCUGCACCAGCACAACUAGCACAAAGCUCCUCCUCUGGAAUUAACAAGUAUGUCCCUUCUUAUCCCCAAGAAUUUGCUCAAUUACAAGAACGUGGAACCCAACAUGCCCAAGAAAUCAUUGCAGCACAGGGCAUGGCUGAACAACAAGAAGAACUUGAACAAAGUUGGAGCCUCCAAGUCUCACCUCAGUUUCACGAACCUGCAGCCCAAGAACAUGCAGUCAUGGCAUUGGCAGCACAGGACAUGCCUCUGCCUCAACAACCGCAACAAGUAGAACAAGGAGGCCAUGCCCCUCCUGAGGUCCCCCCAAGCCUCCAGAACAAGAUCACAAGGUGCAGCAAGCGUUUUGAGAAGCAGUUGGCAUAUAGUGAUGUGACACGAACUACGCUGUACAUGUACAAAAAAGACGUGGAAAGCCACAUCUUGCCAUUGUUGGAGGCUGAUGAAUUUCGUAAACGAGGCAUCCAGAGCCAGAAGGUCACAGUAUAUGAUAUUGAUGGUGACGAGUACCCUAUGCUGUUCAAACGAUGCGGAUAUGAGUUUCUGCUUCAUAACGCAGACUAG